AUGACUACGAUCCCAAGUCUCCUAUUCCUAAUCUCCUUAAUCCCCUUAACCAACUCAUGUGUUCGUAUGAUACCUCCGGAAGAGGUAUCCGCUGGAACUACAGUAGCCAGUCCACCGGGUGAGGAGCCUAGUGAGGCGCCGACGGCAGCUCCAGAAGUCACGACGCCUGGAGAAGAGAUCCCCGCUGGCACGUGUUUCACGGGGUUAUCGAAUUCGAUCGGUGGACCCUGGACGAAUAUAUCACCAGUGGAUUUUGAAGGAAACAUGAACAUUGUCGACGUGCCAAACCCUAUUCUGAAAUGCCACAAAGUCGAUAUGAGCACGUGUAAGACGUGGACUAUCACGCAUGUCGGAUUUGGAGAACACGGUCAGGGGAGUCAGCUCCUGGUGAGUGCUUCUGACACAAAUCAGAUCUCAAUAAGUUUGACGUGUACAGCGGAUGGAUACGCGUGGGAAGGAGUGUUGCCAGGCGAGACGCAGGUUACUAGAGUAACUGGAAUAGAAGGCCUUCAAUGUGAUAUCACUUGCAAUUGA